CAGCUACCUACUUAGACUACUACCUAAGGUACGUUAAAGUAUCAGGAACCACUCUCAACUAACUACCAGCACUAGGUACCUCUAUAUCAUAUCACCAGCCUCAAAAGAGUCCUCCCAGCCAGCACCUCAGUCCAAGUUGUCGCAUUUCGGCCGGAAUUUUCAUUCAUCCAGCUUUAUUCUUUUGCUAUCCAUUGAACCGUCAACUGCCAGCUAGCCAAAUUCUCCUCAUUCUUGCGGUAUUGGGUGAUGCUUCAAUAUAUCUAUCACAAUGGCGAGCUCGACAGACCAAGCUCUGGAGGUCAUCAAUCAAUCAUACAAAGACAUUCUCAUUCAAGCGGGGAAACACUUUAGAGUAAUGGCCAAAGAUGGGCCAGGGGCUCUGAAUGGUACUCACAACGGCAUCCAGGCCAGGGCAAGCGAGGCCUUAGCCCAAUAUCACCUUGCUUUGAAUGAAAUAGAGAGUGAAAUUAUAAGGGCAAGAUCAGUUCUACUCCGGGAUCUUGAGAACUUAAAUGCAGCUCGGGCUCCGGCUCUCGUAGCCACUCCGGUUCCUGCUCCAGUUCCCAUUCCUACACCACAGGCUACGGCACCACCAGCCCCAAUGAUGGAGCUCCCGUAUGCUGCCGCGCAUUCGCGUAAUUUGAAUACUGCUGUUGCUUCCGCUGCCGUUGCUACGUACACUCCAAGCAAGGAAACCAGAACGGUUGCACCUUUCCCGGACAUGGGUACUGGUAUGUCUUCCGAUGUGGUCGAUUUGACUGCCGGCGAGAAGAAACCUUCUCCGCGGUUUCAAGCUGGGUCUAUCAAGGCAACGGCCCGCACAGCUCCGUCCACAAACGUAAAGCCCUCGCCCAAACCAGUUCACAAGCCAAUACCGCCUGCUAAAGUAACGCCUGUCCCACCACCACAAAUCCCACGGCUGCAAUCCACGCAGUCCUCAAAUUCCUCCGCUCAAUCCAAGUCUCAACCAACCCCUAACCCUCCUAAGACAGCUCCGCCUAUUCAACCCGCUCAGCCCCCGCAGCAGGCCCCAGCUGUGAAGACAGUUCAGGACAAUGCCAUGGGUAAUACACCGAGUCUUCCUGUCACAAAAGCCACUGAUGAGGCUGGUGCUGGCACGGGGGGUGGCGAACUUAACUUCACACAUAUGGAAUUUUCACUCGCUCCUCCUCCCAACGAGCCUCAGGGCGCACCUCCUGCUCCGAUGCCCGAGUUCGAUCUUGCAAGUUUUGCACCACAGGGUGGAAAUAAUAACAAUGCGGUCGCGAACAAUACUGCCGGAAGUCAUACCAUGCAGGCAUCAAGCACAAGCACAAACACAAACAUGGACGAUUUGUUUAAUCUUGGAGAUACCAAUGGGGGCGGCGACAACAUGUUCGACUUAGGAGGCGGUGAAGCCAAUGACAGCACAUUUGACGACUUGAUGUUUUUUGGAAACAACGAUACAGAUAUGGCUCAGUUCGAUGACGCGUAUUUUGGCAUUUAACUCAGUUCGGACCAGCGACAUCAUCAGCAACGCCAAACUUAAUAAAUUCUGUAUGUAUCCGAGGACUUCCAAUCGAUUUCAAAAUCUCUCUCGCGUCGCUUUAGUCAUUAUCAUACAUAUUGUAGAAUACUUGUCUUUCUUCUGGAUCCUUCAGUUUCUAGCACUUGUCUAGACUGACUUUGGACCUCAGCCACCAAGGCUUCUCCCCAAUUUCGACAGAUAUCUAGAGGGCGCGGCGUUUAGAAACGGCAAUUCAGGUACGGGCAUGGGAUUAUGCUUUAACCAACUUAAUAAUUUUCACAUGACAU